CGACCGCUAGGUGUCUCUGACUAUUACAAUCUUAGCUACUUAUCUUCUAGGGAGGCUUUCUUUCUAUAUUGCCUUAGGCUGCUCGGACUGGUUUGACGUUUGUUGUGGAUUGGUUUUUGUUUCGGCACCGGGGCAGAGGAAGCAAAAGAAAGUCCGGUGCUAUAAAAUGUCUUCAUGGGUGAAAGUAACCAGGGGCCAACCACGAAAGCCAGUUGCUGGGAAAAGGAACAAACCAAGCUGGAUUCCGCGUCUUCUAGACAUUAACCCUUAUAAACCAAGCCAGAAAGCAUCAUUUUCAGACAGCUAUUCAAGAGAUUUGGAGGAACAAAACAGCUUUGAGGAACUUUUUGGCCAACAAUAUCAAUAUCGCCCAGGAACAGAAGAAUACUGUGAGAGAUAUCAGUAUUCCCAAAAUGAUACACAGUACAACACAGAUGAUCGUAGAGAGAAGCUAUAUCUACAAUUUUACCAACAAAUCCAGAACGAGUACCACAAAGAAAGACCUUCAGAUUGUGUGAUUGUUGCCAUCAGCAAGGAACAGAUGGAGUACGCCACUGCCAUAGGCCAUCGAUUACAGGAUCAUGGCCUUGUGGUGGAGAUGAUUUACUUGACAUCAGAAUCUGGUCUUACACGUGCCCUACAAGAAGUUAAAAAUGACGGGUCCCCGUUUUGCAUUCUAGUUGAACAGACAAAUGUAGCUUUGUCCUCUUGCACCGCAAUCAUUCUUCACGAUUCAAUCAAAAUACAUCGUAAUAUGCCCAUGGAAGAUGCCCUGGCUUUGGUAGUUAAGGCUUUCGGGAAAAUUUUUGGCGAGCGUGAACAGCAGGAGCGUAAUGAAAUUUCACACAAAGCAGCUGAUCUGGCGGAUGACUACCUGGAGCGGGCGCUCUAUGAAUCUUACUCUGUCCCACUGGACAUUAGACAUCUUCUCUUCCUUUUAAGCGAUGGCAAAUAUUUAUAUUCUGAAGAGCUGCAAGCAAUCAGUGACUACGUGACAACCAGGAUAACUAAAGUAGAAGGCUUUGAGGAAGCAGACACCAGCAAUGAAGCAAAACCCCUCUAUGAGAAGCAUGCUGCCACCUCCACACACCUGUUGGACAAGCCUCCACCUCUUCUUCCCACCCCAGCCAGAAACACUUUCAAAACACCAGCUAAAACUUCCCUGCUUGGGGAAAGACCUUCAGCUGGACUCCUUCCAACUCCAGGGUUUGAGCAGGCUGACCCCACAGAAGAAGACGUCAAUGCCAUGUAUAAAGCCAGUAUUCUAUCUAACAGCAGCUCUGCAAAGGAUAUCUUGGCCAAGCCACCUCCUCUCCUUCCUACUCCAGGAAGGACUCCCCUGUUGAGUCUUGGCAAGCCAUCUCUUCGUGAACGUCCUACACCUGGUCUUCUCCCAACACCAGGAUUAUCCGGUCCAAAAGGUAAACCACCACCACUCUUGGCUGUGGCUGCUAAAAGGCCAGGUCUCCUUGGAUUUUCUCCACACCCUCCUCCAAAACGCCCUCUGCUUGGUGAAAAGCCUGGUCUCCUUCCAACUCCUGGUGUUUCUGGUGCCCCCCACCACUGGUUAUCUAAACCGAAACCAUUGCUCAGCUGAUGGGAAAAUAACUCCUGCAGGCUGCACCUGAGCAUCUACUAUGUAUAACUUAGUCCAAAAUGGAGCAAGGCAAGAGAAUUGUGACAGUUUGGGAAAUAUCCCCUCAUUCCUUUAGGAUUUUUUUGUUGUUUUUGGUUACUGCCCUUUGUAAAACUUUUUCCUGCUAGAGGCACACGUUUCUGAUUCCGCUGACAAAAUGAGAAUUAAGUAUUGUAUUAUAGAAUGGCUGUCCCUUGUUUGUUUAGGGCUUUUUUGUUUUGUAAUUUUCUUUUCUCAGAGAAUACAGAUUUUGUUUUACAAUA